AUGGCCAAUCCCAGUUCAGAGAUGGAGCAAAACCUCAGGUGUCCUAGAUGUGAUUCAGAGGAAACUAAGUUUGCCUACUUUAACAAUAACAAGACCUCUCAGCCUCGUUACCGUUGUAAAAGCUGCAAAAAGUUGUGGACCCAUGGUGGGAAAGUCAGAGACAUCUCAUCAAAUGGAGAAGAGAGGAGGGUGAACCGUUCUAGGGAUUCUUCUCCAGCAAUUGUUUCAUCAGCCCCACCACCGCCACCACUUCCGUCAAGCAUGACAUCUGCUGGUGGAAUCAUCAAUGAAACCGGAAGGCUGAACCUGACCCGCCCUCCACCAAAUCACAAUCAGCCUCCGCUUAAAUUUGUCCGUAUGGACAUUCAGAACUUAUCAAUUAAACCUCUUGAGCCUCCACAUGAUGUGGGCCAAAACAAUAUAGUUCAGCAGAACCAACAGGUUUUGAUAGAGAACUAUAGUCAAGGCUUCCACGCUCAACAAACACCAAGUAAUCCCGGUAAUCAGUCUUUCCUUAAUACCACCCAUUCCUCUAACUACAUAGAGCCCAAUAUCAAUACUUUUGGGAACAACCCAAUUGGUGGUUUUACUGGUGGUCCAUCUGGCUCCUGGGGUUGGUCCUCUGCCCCUGUUCACCUUUACAUAGAGCCAACAAAUGCCCACACUUUUGGGGAGAAUAACAACGGAAUGGGGGGUCCUAAUAGUAAUCCAUCUGGCAUGUCCUCUAGUGCUUGGUCGUCUUCCCCUCCCAGCUAUUAUAUUGAGCCCAACAAUGCCUGGAACAACAACAACCCAAUGGACGGUUCUGCUCGUGAUCCAUCUGGCUCAUCCUCAGGUGCUUGGUCCUCUAGAGCUUGGUCUUCUAAUUAA